CCCGCAGGCGAUAAUAUUACUAACAAGAUAUCCAACAACGAAAACUGAUCUAACAUAUAGAUUUCAUUUUUUCAAACUUAGCCUAUUAACGUCCAUUUUACCAUUCCGAUUUGUAGAAGCAGCAUAAUGGUGUUAGUGAAAGUUCUCAUCCAAUUUGCAGUUAUUUUUAACUACAUCUUAGUCGCAACAUCGGCACCAGUGCUUACCCAAUGUGAUAUACCAUCUGACUUGAAAGUCGAAUAUCAGAAGCUAUCCAGCACAGCGAUCGGCAAUAACUUUUUUCUCUCAGGUGAAAUGGCUCCAGCUGAAAGUAACCAAUCAGCACUGAAUAACAGUGAUAAUAGUUACCCAACAACUUCUGCAUAUAAUAAUAUCAUCCGUGAACGCACAAGCUGUCCUUGGCACCUUAACGUUACUCAUGAUUCAACAAUUUUCCCACCAUCAAUUACUAAAGUGGUGUGUCGCUGUAGAAAAUGUCUGGACAAUAGCAACAACCAUUGUGUGACGGUAUAUACGUCAAUGACUGUCCUGAAACGCACAGGUGAAUGUGUUGGUGGUUUGUAUGUGUACAGACCAAGGGUCAUUCAAGUAGCCACAGCCUGUGUGUGUGUACGGAAGGUUGAUGUCAUUAAUGAAAGAAAUAUGCUACAAUAUGAGUCGUAAAAGCAGUAAAAUUCUAUUGCGGGCAAUGCCGCUAGAAUAUUUAAAUAUAUGUGCAUAUGUAUGUAUGUAUGUAUGUAUGUAUGUAUG